UUAGCCGGCGUCUUACUAUUACAACCCCUGGACUGGGGUUUGGCUGCCUUCCGGGCUCAGUGCAGUGCUCCCGGGACUGGGCGGGCUGUUCCCGGCCCCACGCCCCUGAUGCACCGGACUCAGCGGAGGAGCCCGGAAUCGAAUCAGCCAGCCACGCCCCUCGCCGAUCCACGCCGGCUGCCUGAAGUUCGCUGUCAUCCAGUCUGGUUUAGCAGCGCCAAGACUUGGUCCUCCGCAAGCAUCGAGGACUGGCUCUUUCGCUCGUCCUCCUCCCCGGAGCCACGCUUUGAGCCUGCUUCUCGCUCCCCCGCUUGCCAGUCUUGUUCGGAAGGGUCCCGGUACAGGCUCCAUAGUAGGUGCAGCUCCUGAUCUCCCUCCAGGGGCCUUGGUUUUGCAAUCUGUCCACCUCAGACCCCGACUUUGUCCACUCGCAUUUUUUCUUUUUUCUUUUUCUUUUUGUCCCCCACCAGGUGAAAGAAGCUUGAUUCUUUUUCUCUAGAAUAGCUAGAGAAGCUUUAGGACCUACGUGGGGAAAGAGCGAAUUGUUACCUUCGCUUUGUCCUGGAGGGCCCGCUUUGACCUCUGACCUAAUGGCAGCACCUCCGCUGGGCCGACUGGUGCUGACCCAUCUGCUGGUGGCCCUUUUCGGCAUGGGCUCCUGGGCUGCGGUCAACGGGAUCUGGGUAGAGCUGCCGGUAGUGGUGAAAGAGCUCCCGGAGGGUUGGAGCCUCCCUUCCUAUCUCUCUGUGCUUGUGGCGCUGGGGAACCUGGGUCUGCUGCUGGUGACCCUGUGGAGGCGUCUGGCUCGCGGCAAGGGCGAGCGAGUCCCCAUCCAAGUGGUUCAGGGGCUAGGCAUAGUGGGCACAGGCCUGCUGGCCCCUCUGUGGAACCACGUGGCCCCAGUGGCAGGAAAGCCCCACUCGGUGGCCUUCCUAACGCUGGCGUUUGUGCUGGCAUUGGCCUGCUGCGCCUCUAAUGUCACUUUCCUGCCCUUCCUGAGCCACCUCCCGCCCCCCUUUUUACGGUCUUUCUUCCUGGGUCAGGGCCUGAGUGCCCUCCUGCCCUGUGUGCUAGCCCUGGGGCAGGGGGUGGGCCGCCUCGAGUGCCUGCAUGUGCCUGCCAACGGCACCACUGGGCCUCCGAUCAAGGUGUCUCCCAUCAAUUUCCCUGAACGUUUUUCUGCCACCACGUUCUUCUGGGUGUUGACUGCCCUGCUGGGCACUUCAGCUGCUGCCUUCCAAGGCCUCCUGUUACUACUGCCAUCCCCGACAUCUGAACCCACGACGGGUACAGGGCUUCGGGUAGAAACACCAGGAACGGAGGAGGAAGAGGAAGAGGCCUCACCCUUGCAGGAACCACCAGGCCAGGCAGCAGGCAUUGUUUCCAGCCCGGACCCUAAGGCCCAUCGGCUGUUCUCUUCUCGAAGUGCCAGUCUACUGGGGCUGCUGGCCUUCACCAAUGCUCUGACCAAUGGCGUGCUGCCCGCUGUACAGAGCUUUUCCUGCCUGCCCUAUGGGCGCCUGGCCUACCACUUGGCUGUCGUCCUGGGUAGCUCUGCCAACCCCCUUGCCUGCUUUCUGGCCAUGGCAGUGCUGUGCAGGUCUCUGGCAGGGCUGUGUGGUCUGUGUCUGCUGGGCAUGUUUUUGGGCUCCUACCUGAUGACACUGGCAGCCCUAAGUCCCUGUCCUCCUCUAGUGGGCACCUCUGCAGGUGUGGUCCUCGUGGUGCUCUCGUGGGUCCUGUGCGCAGGCACAUUCUCGUACAUCAAGGUGGCUGUCAGUUCCAUGUUACACAGCGGAGGCCGGCCAGCACUGCUCGCCGCUGGUGUGACUAUUCAGGUGGGCUCUCUGCUGGGCGCAGUCGCCAUGUUCCCCCUUACCAGCAUCUACCGAGUAUUUGGCAGCGGAGAGGACUGUGUGAACCAGUGUGGCCCCUGAACCCUGACGUGUGGGAGUUACUUCACACUUGUCUCCACUUGGAGGGGAGUGGGGGUCACAGUGCCUGGGUCCUAUGGCCCAAGGUGGCCUGCCUACACGCAGACAAUAUGGAUAUUUCACACUCCACAAGAGACCUGGCUUUGGAGAAAAGACCAGGGUGAGGACCAAAGAGCAGGCCCAGACCCAGGGAGAGGUUGGAGCUGAGUGGCCUUCACCCUGGGACCUCUGUGGGAUUUGCACAAUAAAACAUCUUCAUC